UUUGUAAAAAUUAUAAAAAGUACAUAUUAAAAAAAUACAUACUAAGACAAAUCAAACAAGACCCCACAUGACUAUAUUUUUAUUCACGUAUAAAUCACAAACGAUGGUCAAAGUGCAAUUCGUAAAUAGUGUGAAAUGUCAAAGUGUAACAAUUAAAAUGAAACGGAUAGAGUAUAAGUUUUGACAAGAAAAUGACACCCAAGUAGCUUCAUACAAUAUUUAACCCUCCCCAUCAAAGAAAAUCAGAAACAAGAACCGGAUCAAGUCAACAAACCAACCCCUUCCAAAAAAAAAUGUGAAAAUAAAGUCGCAGUUUGAACAUUGUUCCCGUCAAAAUCCAAAAAAACAAAAAACAAAAAAAGAGUGUUAAACAUAGUUUCUCAUCAUCAUAAAAAAAAACAAAUAGUACAAGUUUGAAUACUUUUCUUCAACUUGAUUUGCGUGUUACUCAUAAUUACCAAUUAGAUCGUAGAUUGUUCAACUUGAAAUAUACUUCUUAAACAUUUAAAGGGGACCAUGAUUUGAUCUAGUCAACAUUUCAGAAACUCCCCUUUAUUUUACUACAUAAAUAAAACGAAGCCAUCAUGAAUGAUGAUUACCGUUAUUUUACUAGCCACCUGCUAAAAAACGCAUCUCUUUCUAAUAAAUUCUUAUCUUUUGACUCAUUUGAACUUCAUAAUAUCAUUUGAUCAAUCCAAACUAUUGUAGGUGUGGCGAAAGCUACACCGCGAGUUCAUUAAUGGUGGUAAUGGUUUCGCAACAGCAGUAUCAACAACGGUUGAUGCUGCUGCUGUUGCUAUUAAGCUUAGCUUUAAUGGCGGCUAUACAAGCUCAACCUCAAGUGAAUGGUGUUAAUAUGACAGAGAGAGUGGAUGGUGGAACUGCAGCUUUGCGAAGUGCUGUUGCGAAUGUAACUGAUAGACUUGCGUUAGAGAUGCAACAUCGUGCUGGCUUCUGCAUUAUUGAUGAGAAGACCGACUGGAACAGAGCUUUUAAUUAUUCAAAUCUGGACUUUUUGUCUACAUGUGUGACAAACACUGAAGAUGCUGCAUCUCGCUUGUGUACGGAAGCAGAGGUAGAGUUCUACUUGAGUAGCCUCUCAAAUGGAGUUGGCCUUCAAGCCAACAGAAACUGCAAUUUAACUUCAUGGAUUGCUGGAUGUGAGCCUGGAUGGGCGUGCAGUGCUGGUGGUGAAGGAUUUGACAUGGAGAAUACUCAGGGGAUACCUGCAAGAACCUCCGAGUGUAAAACUUGUUGUGAGGGUUUCUUUUGCCCACAAGGUCUUACCUGUAUGAUGCCUUGCCCUUUGGGUUCAUACUGUCCGCUGGCAACAUUUAAUAGAACAACUGCCUUGUGUGAACCAUACAAUUAUGAACUCCCCCCUGGACGAAACCAUACAUGUGGUGGAGCAAAUAUAUGGGCUGAUAUCCAGAGCAGUAGACAGGUUUUCUGCCCUGCGGGAUCAUACUGUCCCACAACCACUGAAAGAUUGCCAUGUGAUAAUGGGCAUUACUGCAUGACAGGCUCCACAUCACAAACGCGAUGCUCCAAGUUGAUCUCAUGCAAGGGAAAUGCAGCGGAACAGAACAUCCACACUUAUGGAAUAAUGCUCAUAAUUGCUUUAAUUGCUCUUCUACUCAUCAUUUACAACUUCUCUGAUCAAGUUCUUUCCAUACGGGAAAGAAGACGAGCGAGAAACAGAGAAAGAGCUGCUAGAAGUGUGCAACAGACGGAACGUGUGCGAGCGAGAUGGAAACUUGCCAAAGAUGUUGCCACAAAACAAGCAGGCAAGUUACAUGCUACUCUAUCACGAAGAUUUUCACAGAGAAAUCACUCAGAAAAUUUCAAGAUUUUGCAUGACCUUGACAUCCAAGAAGAUACUUCUCCACUGUCAACUAAUUAUGCAGGUAACUCAAGUGAGGUGCAGUCAUCACUCAUGGGUUCAGAGGGUUCAAAAGAUCCAGCAAGACCACAUGUAUCUGAAGAUGGACCUCAACAUAUUGGUAAAUUGGGUCUUGAGAUUGAAGGUAAAAACUCAAAGGAAAAAGUACUUAAAGAAAAACAUAUCCGCACAGACAGUCAGAUUUUUAAGUAUGCAUAUGCUCAAAUUGAGAAAGAAAAAUCUCAAGAAAGGCACUAUGAGAAUCUUACUUUUUCUGGGGUGGUCUCAAUGGCUACCGGAGAUGAAAUGAACAGAAGACCUUUCAUCGAGGUUGGUUUUAAAGAUCUAACUUUGACAUUGAAAGGCCAGAAAAGAUGUCUUUUACAAUGUCUUACUGGCAAAAUCAUGCCUGGCCGUAUAACCGCCGUCAUGGGUCCAUCAGGUGCUGGGAAAACAACAUUUAUGACCGCUUUAGCGGGAAAAGAAACUGGUUGCAGGAAGAGUGGUUUAGUUCUUAUAAAUGGCAAGCCUGAGUCAGUCCACUCAUACAAGAAGAUAGUUGGUUUUGUGCCACAAGAUGAUGUUGUACAUGGAAACUUGACAGUAGAGGAGAACCUUCGAUUCAGUGCAUGGUGCAGACUCUCCACUAAAAUGCCAAGAGCAGAGAAAGUUCUAAUUGUUGAAAGGGUUCUAAUGAACUUGGGGCUUCAGGAGGUGCGGGAUUCUUUGGUAGGAACUGUUGAGAAGCGAGGAAUUUCUGGAGGCCAGAGAAAGCGUGUAAAUGUGGGCCUGGAGAUGGUCAUUGAGCCUUCUCUUUUGUUUUUGGAUGAACCAACCUCUGGUUUGGACAGUUCAUCAUCACGAUUACUCCUAAAAGCACUUAAACAUGAGGCCCUUGCAGGAGUGAACAUUUGCAUGGUAGUUCAUCAGCCCAGCUAUGCACUGUUCAAGAUGUUUGAUGAUUUGAUACUUCUUGCAAAAGGAGGUCUGAUGGUUUAUCAUGGAUCAGUAAGACACGUAGAGGAGUACUUUGGAGGGCUUGGAAUUAAUGUCCCAGAACGAGUGAACCCUCCAGAUUAUUAUAUUGAUAUUCUGGAGGGCUUGGUGGAGCCAAGCCAGAGUUGCAGCAUUAACUAUAAAGAUCUUCCUCUAAGAUGGAUGCUUCAUAAAGGGUAUUCGAUACCAGAGGAUAUGCAAUCCAGAGCUGCUGAACUUGGAAAUCCUCAGGGAACUGGAGGUGAAUCUACUGGUUCUGGUAGCGAACUCCAAUCUUUUACAGCAGAAAUGUGGCAGGAUGUAAGGGGUACUGUAGAGAGACGGCGUGACCAUAUACACCACUAUUUCUUCAAGCAGAAGGAUUUGGCUAAUCGAAGAACCCCAGGCAUAAUCCUCCAGUAUAAGUACUUCCUUGGCAGAAUAACCAAACAGCGACUUCGAGAAGCCAAAUUACAGGCAACAGAUUAUCUUAUACUGUUACUUGCUGGAGCUUGCCUAGGUGCUAUUACCAAAAUCAGUGACACAGAUUUCGGGGCAACUGGAUACACAUACACCAUCAUUGCUAUAUCUCUCUUAUGUCAAAUUGCUGCACUGAGAACCUUUUCUCUGGACAAGUUACAAUACUUGCGAGAGAGUGCUUCUGGCAUUAGCAGCUUGGCACAUUUCCUUGCAAAGGAUACCGUGGACCAUUUUAAUACAUUGAUCAAGCCUGUUGUGUUUCUUUCUAUGUUUUACUUCUUCACGAAUCCAAGAUCUACCUUCCUUGACCAUUAUAUUGUGCUGAUUGGUCUUGUCUAUUGUGUGACGGGAAUGGGUUAUGCCUUUGCCAUCUUCCUGAACCCUGGUCCUGCCCAACUGUUUUCAGUGCUUCUCCCUGUUUGUAUGACCCUGAUUGCGAGCCAGUCAUUGAGAAAUGAUGGAUUAAAAGGCAUAGCUAACGUAUGCUACCCAAAGUGGGCUAUGGAAGCAUUAGUGAUUGCAAACGCGAAGAGGUAUUAUGGAGUAUGGUUAAUAAAUCGUUGCGGCGUUCUUGACAAACUGGGAUAUAAUCUCCAUGCUUGGAAAAAUUGUGUUUUGAUCCUCAUUGCAUUCGGUUUGGUUAGCCGUGUGAUAGCUUUCAUCAGUCUGCUGAUGAUUAGAAAGAAGUAAUCCUGUUUUCACUGUAAAGAUGAACCAUCUUUCAGUGCUUACUUAAGAUCAUUUGCUAAAAGAGCAAAUAUAGAAAAAUUUCUGUCCCUUUAAUUUUGAUCAUUCCUCUUAAUAUUAGCCGGCUACAUUGAUCUUCAUGACCAUUCAAUUGGUUCUGCACAGCAUGUCAGAUGUCGCCUACAGGUUAGAGUUGAAGUGGACUUGCUUGCUGAUCCUGGCUCUUUGGAUUACAAUUCUUUCUUUUUUGAUUCUUUUUUACCUUAGGUUAUUAUUAUUUUUUUUUUUAAGGUAAGAUAAAGUCCCUUGUAAGAAAGGGGGGAAAUUGGGAAUCCCUCCUUGCAAGGGAUGAGACUCGAUCCCUUGACCUCUGGAAUCGGAGGUGAUGCCAAUACCACUAGGUUAUCACCUGCUGCUCUUUAUCUUAGGUUACUUGUAUCAUAUUCAAAUUAUACAAAUUUUUUGUACAUGUAAGGUAAGUUGUUUCGAUUAGUUUGUGAUAUGUAUAUAUAAAUUAUAUUUGUAUAA